AUUCGGCUGCAGCUGGCCAAUGACACAACCGCCGGGUCGAAGAGUGAAACAGCCAAUCCGGAUCAGUGUUUCAUUUGGCUAGGAAGACGAGAUGUCGUGCUGCGUUCCUGGCUGUUAGUGCCGAGUGGGCUCGGCUGGUCUCGCGAUGUCCUUUCAGGCGCAGCAAACCGUAACCCAGAAUUGCGUGCCCGGGUCAGACACCUGCGGCAGCCCGAAAGUCUGUAGCACGGCGUCUAGACUAGCAACAGCCAGGAGCUGAAACACUGGCGCAAGGAGCAUUGCAGAGAGGAUCCGCCACCCCGUCUGUUGGGGAUCUUUAGUUUCUGUGGUUCUGACAUGGCAUGUCCUGAAUAAGGCCAGCAAUGAUGCUCUCAGCACCUUUCAGGAUGGGGUCCCCAGUGAGAAAUGUAAGCAAUAUGAAGAAAGACCUGACUGGCUGAAAGAAGAAUGACUUCCCCCCGUCCUCCCCACUCUAUUGUGAGGGAAACUUGCGAGAGGUAAUGACCCUAUUCAUAGUGUGAAGAAAGGGAGAAAAUCAAGUUUUAACAGAGGUGACAACAAACAAGAACAAAGAAGAUAUUUAGCAUGUAUUUGGGGAUUCUGUACCAAUGUGGAGACCAUAUGAACCUCUGAUUGGACCCACCAUUUCCUGUUGUAUGAAGGAGGGUGCUUUGCCCUUGGGGAACAACUUCUGUAGGCUGACAUGGCAAUGAUGAGAUCCGACUUGGGCACCAUGAAGAUCCUUCACUUGAAGAAGAGAGGCUGUUUUCUGCUGAAGCUUUUGUGUCUGGUUGUCUUGAUGUUAAUCUUUUGUGAAUUCUUAGUUUAUUAUGUGGUGAUAUUUCAGUGUCAUUGGCCAGAAGUUAAAAUAGAAGCUCACAGGAGUAGCAGACAGUCUUCAGCUUCUGUCUUGAAGGCCAUGUUUUUAUCUGAUACCCACCUGCUUGGUGAAAUCAAAGGGCAUUGGCUAGACAAAUUAAGAAGGGAAUGGCAAAUGGAGAGAGCCUUCCAAACUGCCUUGUCAUUACUGGAGCCAGACAUUGUUUUCAUCCUAGGAGACGUCUUUGAUGAAGGAAAGUGGAGCUCCUCCCAGGCCUGGGCAGAUGAUGUCAGGCGGUUUCAGAAAAUGUUCCGACAUCCAGUUCGCACUGAGCUAAUGGUGGUUGUUGGCAACCAUGACAUUGGCUUUCACUAUGAAAUGACCACUUACAAGUUAAAACGGUUUGCAAAAGUUUUCAACUUCACCUCAGGAAAGCUAAUAGCCCGGAAGGGAGUAAACUUUGUCAUGGUGAACAGUGUUGCCCUGGAAGGUGAUGGGUGCACUGUCUGCAGCAGGGCAGAGGCAAAGCUCAUGAAGCUUUCUCAUAAACUGAAUUGCUCCCAACAGGAACAGAUUCAUUCCAACAAAAGAUGCAGUGGUGUGGAACAGCUUCCAGCUUCAGAACCAAUCCUUUUACAGCAUUACCCUCUUUACAGAAGAAGUGAUGCUGAAUGUACUGGAGAAGAUUCUGCUCUUCCAGAGGAAAAGAACAUCCCAUUUAAAGAAAAGUAUGAUGUACUUUCUAGAGAGGCUUCACAAAAGCUGUUAUGGUGGUUUCAUCCCCGUUUGAUUCUGAGUGGCCAUACCCACAGUGCAUGUGAAGUGUUGCAUAAUGGGAAGAUUCCAGAAAUCAGUGUCCCAUCAUUUAGCUGGAGGAACAGAAACAACCCUAGUUUCAUCAUGGGCAGCAUAACACCAACCGACUUCUCCCUCUACAAGUGUUUCCUUCCCCUUGAGAGCAGAGUUGUUACUAUAUACUGUAUAGCAGGGGCUAUACUUGGGGUACUGAUACUAGCUCAUCUUCAACUUUUCAAUCCACCUUUUUAUUUUGCUCAGCACUUAAUCAGGAAGCAUAAAGCAGUAUGAAGAGCCAGACGU